UUUAUUCAAUUUUAAAAGUUCAUCAUAGCAAAUAAAAAAAACUAUGUAAAUAGCUAUAUUUCAGCGAAUAACAAUCGUAUUCAGUACUCAAGAGGAUACUAUGUCUCCUUCUCUAUUAGAAAAAGAAACUACUACAGCCACCAGUGAGGAUUGAACUCACGACCCCUGGUUUACAAGACCAGUGCUCUAACCACUGAGCUAUGGUGGCUUCGGAAAGCGUUGAUUAAAAAAUUUAUAAAUAAACCUUUUUCCUCUGAUGUUUAUAUUUUGAUGCUAAAUUUAAGUCGCAUUGAUUUAACCGUUAUUCUAUGAUGGUAACAACCGAACUAUUUACAUGUGUCAGAUUUCGUUUAAUAAACGCAACUGAAAACUAUUUACUGAUUCUUAAACUGACUGCAGACGCAUGCAAGUUUCUAUUUGUGAUUUGAAUCGAAUUGGUUGUAGCAAAUCGUGUGAAAAUAAUUGGACAUCGUUACUUAUUCAUAUACCGAUGUGAUCUAAAUCGUGCUUUGAUUUAAUUUGUUUACAAUGUUUUAACUAAUAUGCCAGCAGAUUUAAAUCGUUUAACAGAAGGAUGGUUAGAACUCGAAAGCGAUCCUGGACUUUUCACCCUCCUUUUAGAAGAUUUUGGUGUCAGAGGAGUUCAAGUUGAAGAAGUAUACGAUUUACAGAAAACUAUUGAAGGCCCAGUAUAUGGAUUUAUUUUCCUAUUUAAAUGGAUUGAGGAGCGAAGGUCUCGCCGUAAAGUAACUACAUCUGAGGAAAAUUUUGUUGAAGAUGAGGAAACUAUUAAUUCAAUAUUCUUUGCCCAGCAGAUGGUGCCUAAUUCUUGUGCUACUCAUGCUUUAUUAAGUGUUCUUCUCAACUGCCCUAAAAUAUAUUUAGGUCCAACUCUUGCUAGACUCAAGGAGCAUACUGCUAAUAUGAGCCCAGAAAACAAAGGAUAUGCCAUUGGUAAUACUCCAGAACUUGCUCGUGCUCAUAAUAGUCAUGCAAAACCAGAGCCAAGAAAUCUUCAUGAAAAAUCCCAUGGAAUAUCUACUGGAAGAACUGUUGAAGCUUUCCAUUUUGUGAGCUAUGUGCCUAUUGGAGGGAGGUUAUUUGAAUUAGAUGGUUUAAAACCAUAUCCUAUUGAUCAUGGUCCUUGUGGGGAUGAUUGGACAGAAAAGUUCCGACACGUUAUGACUGAAAGGUUAGGUCUCGCUACUGGUGGAGAGCCAUAUCAUGAUGUCCGAUUCAAUUUAAUGGCAGUUGUUCCUGACAGGCGUAUUGCAUAUGAGCAAAAAUUAAGAACUCUGAAAACUAAUCGCCAAAUUGUAUUAGAAGCUUUGCAGCAAUUAGUAAAGUUGACACAUCCUGAAUUGACAUCAGAUGAUCAUGCUGCAGUUGUUGCAGCUAUGAAAUCUAAACCACCAAGUUCCACUGAAGAUGAAACAACACAGCCAUAUAGCUUGGAUUCCAAACAAAAGAGUUCCCAGAAUCCUGAUAGAAGCUCUCCUUAUCCGAAGCUACCUGCUGCUCUUGACAGCCAUAAUUAUGCUAAAAGUCCACUCAUGGAAGGUAAAACAUCAGGCCGAACUGAUUGUCAACCACACUAUGAAGACUAUAGUGGCUCAGAAUAUUCUGAUGAUGAUACAAGAACUUUAGAUAAAGAAACUGGCAUUGCUAUCCCUGAUACUUGCUCAAAUUCUGGUGUAAAGACAUCUGCGGAUGGAAACGAUAGUCCAAUGACACCAUUGUCCAUUGAUACCUCUUCAGAUCUGAUGAAACCUCUAAGCAUACAAACAAAGUUUGAAACGUCUCCAGCACCUAGUGCAUCAAGCACAGACACAUCUUCAGAAGUUGGAAGUGCUUUCAAUUCUCCUGUUCAAAGUAUGCACAGCAAUUUCAGCCAAGGAAGUCCAAAUUCAGUUAAAUCUAACAAGACACCGGAAUCUUCUAUUUUUGAUGAUGUUAGAGACAUUAAAAAGUUUCUUGUCAUUCGAAUGACUUCAGGCUCUGAUAAAGAUAUCCAGCAGAUCAAAUCGGCUGCUGGUGGCGGCCAAAAUGAAAAUCAGUCAGCUGAAAGUGGAAAAAAGAAUAUUGAUCAAGUUACAGAAAAAUCUGAAGAGCCACCUGCUAAAAAAUUGCAUUCUGAAUCCACCAGCAGUGAGAAUAUACUUGAUGCUUCAAAUCUUAGUGGCAGUGACUGCAAAGAAAUUGAUUUAAAUGAUAAAUCUGAAGGAAAUGAGAAUAUUGAUCAGUUUUCGAAGAAUGGUAGCAUUAUGUCAAAGCAUCCCCAACUGAUAGAACCUCACAGGUUUGCUCCUAAGGAUUUAUUGGCCCUUUUGAAGACAGUUGAAACAGAGAUUGAACUUUGUGAGCUUAACUUAUAUGAUGAAAUAGAAAAGAGGAAAAAAUACAAGAUUGAUGAUUGCAGAAGGACUCACAACUAUGAUCAAUUUAUCUGUACAUUCUUAUCCAUGCUUGCUGAACAGGGCAAGCUUGCAGAUUUGGUUGAGCAACAACUAGUUGUUAGACGACGACAAGGAGUAGCAGUGGGUCGACUCCACAAAACAAAGAAACCUGAUAAGCGACGUCGAUCUCGACCAAAAAAGAGAAAAUAAAUUUUCACCCAGAUGGAUAAGUUUUCAAUUGUAUAUUUUUGUCUAAAAGCAUUUUUUUCCCUUUUCAUUUUCUUACAAUUUUGACCAAAGUUCAUUUGUUUUCAUUAUUUAAUU